GCUUCCACUGGAAGAUCAUAAAUCGAUUUGCUGAUUGUUGGGUUCUCCAACUUUAUUUUUGAACGGAGCGGAAUUUAAUAUUUAACUGGGGUUUUUGUAACUGUUGACACUAAAUAAUAUAAACAUGGCAUUGUUAGCAAGAACCUUUGGUCGCACGCUGAUGCAGGCGACAGCUGUCCGCUCCAUUCAUACAACUUCAGCGGUUAACCAAGACUCUGGUGCUCUUGGCGGUAGCCGUGUGACAUGCACAUUGAUUCCAGGCGAUGGUGUCGGUCCGGAAUUGGUCUAUGCAUUGCAGGAAGUCUUCAAGGCAACCAAUGCACCAGUAGACUUCGAAAACUACUUUUUAUCCGAGGUUAAUCCAAUUUUGAGUGCCAAAUUGGAAGAUGUGGUGGCUUCAAUUCAGAAGAAUAAAGUUUGUAUUAAGGGUAUUUUGGCCACUCCAGAUUACAGCGUUGCUGGUGAACUUGAAACUUUGAAUAUGAAAUUGCGUAGACAGUUGGAUCUGUACGCCAACGUCGUGCACGUGCGCAGUUUACCCAAUGUAAAAACCCGCCAUCAGAGCAUUGAUACCGUUAUUAUCCGUGAGCAAACUGAAGGUGAAUAUUCGGCGCUUGAGCAUGAAUCUGUUCCCGGUAUUGUUGAGUGCUUGAAAAUCAUCACCUCAAAGAAGUCCAUGCGCAUUGCCAAGUUCGCCUUCGACUAUGCUACUAAGAAUAACCGCAAGAAGGUUACUGCUGUGCACAAAGCCAACAUUAUGAAGUUGGGAGAUGGUCUCUUCCUUAAAUCUUGCGAGCAAAUGGCAAAGCUUUACCCACGUAUUCAAUUUGAGAAAAUGAUUGUUGACAACACAACUAUGCAAAUGGUUCAACGACCAAACCAGUUUGACGUUAUGGUUACACCCAAUCUCUAUGGUAACAUUCUCGACAAUAUCGGUUCUGGUCUUGUUGGUGGUGCCGGUGUCGUUGCUGGUGCCUCAUAUUCUGCAGAAACUGUCGUCUUUGAACCGGGUGCAAGACACACUUUCGCCGAAGCUGUGGGCAAAAAUGUUGCCAACCCAACUGCUAUGCUUCUCUGUGGCGCGAAAAUGUUGCGUCACGUCAAUUUGCCAACAUACAGCGAAAUGAUAACUAACGCUGUUAACAAAGUUCUAAAAGAUGGCAAGGUACGGACCAAGGAUUUGGGCGGCCAGUCGACAACACAAGACUAUACACGUGCUGUCAUAGCCAACAUUCACUAAACAAAGCAACAGCUGUGAGCGACCAAACCAAUCUAAUAACAAAGCAAAUUGAGUAAAUUAUUUUGGCUUAAUACCAGACAUAGUAAAAUUAAAAGACGAUCAGCCAACAAAAAUGUCCAACGAGGGCUUCAAAACAUCGUCAGAUCAUAUUGUUGAGAUUUUUUAAACAAAAUUUUUAGCGUCCAAUACUGUUUUAUCUUUAUUUCAAGUAUUAAUCUGGCGAAUAUGUACUUUAAAAACAUUUUGUGUUAUAGCCGUUGUAUUAUGAACUCGACGAUAUACAUUUAUUCUAAUAUACAUAUAAUAGUUAAAUUUUUGACCUCACUAGACAAACGUAUGUAGAUAUCUAAUAUCGGCUAACAACUUGAUUAUUAUAUUUAUUUGUUUUGUCAUUAUAAUGCAUUAUUUACAUUUUUACUUCUACCAAAUUGCAUGUAACGGAAUAUAUCUUAUUUAAUUGAAUCCCUAGCACAGUAAACUUUAUUAUGUACAAUCAUGCCAUACAAAUAUGUCGCAAAUGUUGCUUCUGUCCUGUCCUGACGAUCUUACAAAAUGUUGAGACAGAAUAAAAUCAAUGAUAUUAAUACAGGAA